AUGAAUCCGAAUAAAAUACAUCCGCAAGUUGGUUUACUGUUUGCACCUAGUCCAGGCAAGCGACAGAAAUCUUAUAGUAGUGACAGAUCCGAUACAGAAUAUGUUACAACAACUUCAAGUCCGAACAAAAAGCGACUUAAAUUGGAAAACCGAGCGGAAAACAGGGCGAACGGCGUUUCAGACAGGAAAAAAGAUGCAGUGCGUGAAUACUUAUACGCAGAGCCGUGUACGCAUCCCGAUGAGAUCGACGGUUGGGAGAUCCCCGGACGAGCACCGGGCGUAAUAUCUGCCUUGAAAUUGCAUGCUGCAGCUCUAGAAUUCCAAUUUCAGCAUUUGUGUUCCGAUGAUAAUGUCCUGCGAACUAAAGCAAUUAGAGACAUAAUCGACUUGGUAAGCAGGUCCAUAUCUAUGGAUAAACAUAAGCUAUCUGUACUUGGGAAGGUAUUAUACAUCAAGUAUCAUACCCGUGGCGAUGCGAAGAAGGGUAACUAUGGAGUGAAGGAAUGGAACAAAUGGAUUGCGCACGCGUGGAAAGACACACCUGCGCAAUAA